AUGAACCCGGAAGCGCCUGAGAGCACGCAAGACCACGCAGCCCAACAACACCCCGAUAAUUUCUCGCAUAGAGCCGGCGCAGGCAACGCGACAACCGAGCAGGUCCUGAUGGAACGAUCUCCGGCUCAGGCCACCCUUUCUGGUGUUAACCCAUCUCACGGCCUCGGAGAUACAGUCCCGAGCAAGGGAUCGCCCAAGGACACACAAGACUACGCAGCUCAACAAGGCCCCUAUGGGCUGAUACCCGCUCGAACAAUGACCCCCCUGCGGCGCCCAGCCGCACGUCGUGACUUUGAGAUUGUAGUAAUUUGCGCCCUCCCCCUUGAGGCCGGUGCCGUCGCCGCCCUCUUCGACCACCACUGGGGCGACGAUCCGCCGUACGGCAAAGCCCCGGGCGACCGCAACGCUUACUCUGUCGGCGCCGUCGGCCACCACAACGUCGUGCUGGCCCAUAUGCCAGGCAUGGGAAAAGCCAGCGCAGCGGCUGUCGCCGCCGACUGCCGAGCAAGCUUCCCCAAUAUCAAGCUUGCGGUUAUGGUCGGGGUCUGCGGUGCUGUCCCGAAUAGCCCGAAUGGCGACGAGAUCCUGCUCGGCGACGUCAUCUCCGAGGGCAUCUUCCAGUAUGAUUUUGGGCGCCAGCUACCUGAAUGCUUCGUACCAAAGGAAACACUUUUGGACUUUCUUGGAAGACCAAACGUUGAGAUUCGCGCUCUGCUGGCGAAGCUGAAGAGUGACCGGAAGAUGCUCCAAGAUAAGAUGGAGUGUGGCUGUAACGGGCCGGUGGUCUCCCGCAAGCGACUCGAGCAGGACAACCUGCGGCCUGCCAUCCACUUUGGUCUCAUUGCCUCGGGCGAUACAGUGAUGAAGUCAGCCAAAAACCGUAACGCUAUUGCGAAGCCAAAGGAUAUUAUGGGUUUCGAAAUGGAAGGCGCGGGGGUGUGGGAUAGCUUCCCAUGUGUGGCGGUCAUCAAAGGCGUGUGUGACUACGCAGAUAGCCAUAAGGCCAAGGCGUGGCAGCGGUACGCAGCGGCGACAGCAGCGGCGUGCAUGAGGGCUUUUUUGGACUACUGGGCGCCCUCGCUACCAGCAACCUACCGGACCGUGGUGAAAACGCAGAUAGCUCUGGAAUACUCAUACUGGCUUGGAAAGACACACACAGAAAUUUCGGUCUUCUGGGUUUACGCAAGCAAUACCGAACGGUUCCGCCAGGCGUACGCUUCCAUCGCGCAAGAAUGCCAGGUCCCCGGCUAUAACGACCCCAAGAUAGAUAUGUUGCUGCUAGUAAAGAAAUGGCUAGAGAAAGAGGACUGUGUAAGGUGGCUUAUGGUCAUCGACAAUGCCGGUGACACAGAGGUCUUUUUCAGCCAGCAGCCAGAGCCUACGAUUACCGGUGUACCUAGUACCGACGGCAACCUUGGACGUUACCUUCCCGAGUGCAACCACGGCGCCAUUCUCGUCACAACUAGAAAUAAGCAAACAGACUUAAGGCUGACACAAGGAAAAGGCUCUAUAGAGAUUGGGAAGAUGGACAAGGAUGAGUCAGGCCAGUUACUCUGUAUAAUACUCGACGAAGUCGACUUCACUCCUAAGGAACUAUCAAUACUUUCUUCUCGACUAGAGUAUCUACCGCUGGCCUUAGUCUAG